CCUCCCGCGCGGUGCACGCCGGUCCGGUCAGAAUCCCCCAACAUGGCGGCGGUGACACGAGAUUUCAUCACUUAGCGGCACAAUUUUCGUUUCCUCUGCACGCCACAACUCCGCCAUGGAGUCCUACAUCAAGAAGAAGAUCUUGAAGCACCUUUCCAAGUUCACCAAAGGCCUGUCUGUAGAUAAGAUAUCCCUGAGCACGCUGAAGGGGGAGGGGGAGCUGGCUAACCUGGAGCUGGAUGAGAUCGUGUUACAGGAUGUGUUGGACCUGCCCACCUGGGUCACCAUCAAGAAAGCCACCUGUAACAAGGUGGCCAUCAAGAUCCAGUGGACCAAGCUGAAGACCCACCCGAUAUGUCUGUACAUGGACCAGAUCGACAUUGAGAUGGAAACAUGUGACGAACCCAGGGCACCAAACAACCCCUCACCUUUCAUGAGCCAGGGAGGUGACACGAAGUACGGUUUUGCAGAGAAGGUGGUGGACGGGAUGUCUCUAACGAUCAACUCUGUCACCAUCCGAUUUAUCUCUCACGCCUUCCACGCUUCCUUCCAGCUGUCGAGAAUACGAGCCCGCAGUACCACUCCGCAGUGGAAGGCGGCCGACCUUCGUAUGACCCGGAUCAAGGACACGGAGAGAGGGAUGGUGCUCACGUUCAAGGACUGCAGCGUGGUGUCCUCCAAACUGCACCUGAUUCUGGACGACCUUCUGUGGGUUCUGACGGACAGCCAGCUGAAGGCCAUGGCAUCCUACAUGCAGUCUCUCAGCAAAAUCAUCCGCAAGUCGACCGAACAGAACAAGAGAGAUGCCUCGGCCCAGCCUUCACCACCCUCUCCGCAGCACCACGCCACGCAGCGCCCCCACACGGCCACCAGCGGUACUGCGCAGCGGAACCCCCAGCUGGAGGCCGUCAGCAAGUUCUUCAGCAAGUUUGACAUGGUGGAGACGUCUUACCACAUCUUCACUCGCCGCUUAGACCUGCACCUGUGUGACGAUACGAACCCGCUGGAGCAAGGAAAAAGGGACCGGCUACACUGGUGGCGAGUGUGCAGUUCCUCCGAGCAAGAAAAGUUUAACCGCCGGACGGACGGAGGGGCCAUGCAGAUCACCUUUCACCGCCUCAUGCUGGAUUACUACCCUUACCACUCUGUCGGUAUGAACAAAAAGCACUGGUUCCGCCACAAUGAGUGCAUGGACGCCCGGGACCAGUGGGCGGAACUCCUGCUGGCUGAGUUUAAACACCAGCUCAAGGAGUGGAAAAAAGCCACCGCCGACGCCGCCGAGGGUCAGGAGUCAAGGGAUGGAGGUCAGGAGGAGGUCAGAGGUCAGCAGCCUGGGGUGAGGGGUCACAAGCCUCGCCCUAAGCUGAUGAGUAGUGGGAUCAUCUUUCGACUGGAGGACUUUGAGCUGUACCAAGUGAGCACCUCGGACACGAGGCACUCCACCCCCAAGAAGUUUUUCUCGUCAGACAAGAAGGCUCUUUACCUGCCGCAAGAGAUGUCAGCUGUGCACCUGGAGUACACCGAGUACUACUUCCCCGAGGGGGUCGAACAUCCAGUUCCAUCCCCGAACAUCUACGGUCAGAUCAACGCCAUCCAGCUCACCCUGGACUACAUGACUGUGCUGUGGGCAAACCAGUUCCUGCUUAACGUCGCACAGAGCAUGGCUGCAGCUCCGAUGGACCGACAGGAAUCAGUGGAGGAGCCUGCCCCGGCCUCGCUACACGUGGACAUCCGGCUGGAGAUACUCAUGCCUAAGAUCUCCCUACCAGCGGAGAAGCCCGUCCCAGACCAGCCGGACCGUCCCCAGGCCCUGGUGGUGCAGAGUUCCCGCAGCGUGCUGACAAACUCGCGUGUCGGGACCAACUGCACGCGGGACGACCUCAAAACCGUGCUGGAGAACUUCUCGGCCUCCGUGCUGUGUCGGGAGGAGGAGAGGUUUCCUAAUAAAGAUGGAGACUUUCUACAGGUGUGCAAUGAAUUCUGGGACGAGGCAAUGCAUGAUGGGAUCUCGUUCGACACCUCCGCGGCCCGGCCGCCGCCCAUCGGGAGCACAAACUCUAAGGCAAACGUCCUCCGGGGUGAAAGGUCAAAGGACGUGUGGCUGAUAUACUUUGAACAGUUCUGGGUUGACUUUGGCGACGUUGCCAGUGCCAAGGGACGACCUCUGCCCUUUAUCGAUGCUAUUCCGCUGCAUUUAUGGAUUUGUAAGCCAUUUCAAGGUCAGGACGAUCCAUCGCAAAUGGGGGAGGAAGGUCAAACUGGCGGCCAUAUUGGCGCCGUUUCAUCCAGCCCAUCUCAGGUCAGGGGUCAUAGAACCCUCCAAUCACAACGCAGGAGACAUCAGUCCGGGGAGGCUGACCAAUCACAGCACAGGAGACAUCAGCAUGGGGAAGCUGACCAAUCGCAGCACAGAAAACAUCAGCAUGGGGAGGCUGACCAAUCGCAGCACAGAAAACAUCAGCAUGGGGAAGCUGACCAAUCACAGCACAGGAGACACCGGACUGACCAGAGGCCCGCGUCUGGCAGCCAAUCAGGAAUGAAGUCGUAUCAGAGUGACCAAUCGUUGAAAAGGCCACAUUUAAGUGACCAACCAGGAUCGAAAAUUUCGUACCAGAGGACUCAAUCGGAGCCCAGAGGUCACUCUCUGCGACACGAGGAACGGAAAGGUCAUCGCGGCGCUCAGCAAGGCGGCGGAAGCGGCGGCCAUUCCUCCGAACAUGGGAGUAAAGACCGGCGCAAAAGGGACAAACAUGAACAGGGCAGCGAGAGACACGUCCGAGAGCAGCACCAGAGACACGGCGAGCAUCAUCAGCAUCACCAUGGAGACGAGGAGGCUCGUGAUGAGAAACGGAAGCGUCUGAUGGAGUACUACCGCGGCGGGCCGACGUCGUCGAAUCACCAGGAGCCGGCGCGGAAGGAGAAGUCUCCUGGUUCGGAGGAGGAUGAGCUCGUCAGAGAGAUGUUCAGCAACCAGCCUCCGUCCAAGAGACUCAGCUCCACUUUCAAGACCAAGUCGCUGUCCGACAGUGACUCGAGUCCUGACCAGGAGAACGUGUUCAUGAACGGGCCGGUGGGACAGAAGGGCGUCGUAGACGCGGCGUCGGCGCACCAGGCGGCCGCAGUGUUUUCCGUAGCGGAGAUUCCCGCCUUCCGGGAGAGAGACCACCACAGGCCGCCGCUCGACCGUGCGCCGCCGGUUUCGCACCAUCGCGGCGUCAUUCCGGAGGAAAGGCCGCUCCACCAGGACUGGGAGCAGAGACAACAGCGGCCGAUGCUCUCCCGCGACCGCUCGCUCUCCAGUCCGGAGCUCGACAAGGCGUCGGCGUUCGAGCGGAUGCUGCGCGGAAGGUCGAUCAGCGUGGAGGAAGUGUUGUCCUCGGAUGACCCGGCGGAUUUUGACGCGGGCCGGGAGUUCGGCCGGACGGAGGCGGACUCACACAUGCUGCUGCACACGCCGUCGAAGGUAUGCGGUGUGGUGACGCACGACCAGUACCUGUUCCUGCUGAGGCUUCAGGAGUCCAUCGCACAGCUGCAGGACUGCAUGGAGGAGGACGCAGUCGCUAUACGGGGCCGCCCGUCCAACGUUUCAAGCUCCUGCAUCGCAGCCUGCUGCAGACAGGUGGAGCUGUCUCUGGAUUCUCCCCCUCACCCACCAGUGGGGUCGCGGGCUUCGGGCAGCGCGGCCGGCAGCACAACGGACGUCGGCGCGGCGUCCCAGCAACGCCGGAGCUCGCUGCAGACCGACACGCUGAUGGUCCCGGGGGCAACGACACCUCGGACGACAUCCCCGUCGCCGGUGGACAGUGGCAUUGCGGAGAGCACGACCGCGGGAAACGGGAACCACGUGGCGAAGUCGCAGAGCGACACCGCGCUCAUGAGCCUCUCGUCUGACGAGGAAAAUAACGGGGGGGAGAAUAGCGGGGACCCUUACCUCAUGGCAGGGACGGAGAUGUCCACACUUUCAGUCGACACCCUCUCCAUCUCAUCACAGGGUAGUAGGAGCGCCCCUGUGAGCCACCAGUCGUCGUUUGAGCGUGGCGGUGACGGUGAGCCGACCAGACAGGCGUCGCUGGAGGACGGCAGGGACAGAAGGCCUACUGUCCUGGCAGGAGACGGAGAGGGUUCGACCAGACCUAAGAAGGUGACUCUGGAGUACUGCGACAGCGAGAGUUCUACAGAGGAGGUUUCACAGAGCGCCGGCAGUGCAACAACCAUAGAGGAAACCAAGAAGAGAAAAACUGCCACAGUGCUGGCCACAGUGUUGGCCACAGUGUUGGUACUGCACUUGUCUGAUGUUGGGUUGGAAUUGUCGAAUCACGAGAGAGACAACUUCACCAAACUUCAGGGACAGGAGAUCUCAUUCGAGGAGAGGAGAGAGGUCGAUGUGCAGGACUUUCUCGCUAAAAUCAGCCAGAUUAAGAAGGACGUCCCGCUGCCCACAGCGACUGACGUUCCCCCCCACGUGUCGGCCCGACUGGAGAGCGGCCCCCACGCCGCGCGGUACUCUCCCAACGCCCCCAAGCUGGGCCACCUGGAACUGCAGCUGCAGGGCGCGGCCGGGGUCGUCACCAUGUCAACGCUCACGGGGGUCGCCAGCCUGAUCGAGGACGAGAUUCUCACCACCCCCAUGCCCAUGAGAGUGGACUUCGUCGACUCACAGUUAAGCCUUGUGGACGAUGGCCCUCCCCUUAACCCUGGUUCUCCCGGGAGCAUCCCGCUCGACAUCCAUGUGGACCGCGCCACUGUGGUCAGGAUGGAGGACGGGAUAUUCCAUCUCACUUGUGUGUCGCCCUCCCCACAUCUGGGUGUGGCUGUACCAGGGAGAACGGCAAACCACACGUCACCAGGGUUACAGGCAGGAGGACACAGUAGUGCUGCUGCUGCACAGGUCACAGCUCUGAAGGAGGAGAACGAUCGCCUGCAGAGGGAGGUUGCGCGGCUGAGGGAACAGCAGAAGAGCAGUAUGACAUCACAGCUUCUGUCGGAGAACCUCUGCCUCCAGGGGGAGAAGCAGCAGCUGAAGGAAGAGCUGCUGGAUACCCAACAUGCACUGCAGGAGGCUGAACAGGAGCGUACGACGCUGCUGAGGACUCUGGAGCACGUUCAGGAGGAGAUGCUGCAGGCAGACCGCGAGAAGAACUUCCUCCGAGACCAGCUGGACAGGAGAAGCCCAAGGAAAUGAUGUGUAAAAACACCCCCCUUCUAAUUCCUCCUAUGCCAGGGUCUGUACAUGUAGUUCUACUACCUGAAGCAGAGUUGCGAAAGUUGAGCUGCGAGAAGAACUUCCUCAGAGACCAGCUUGAGUGGAGGAGCUCAAAUGGAAAUGAUGUACAAAAACACCCCCUCUUCUACUUCCUGCUAUGCCAUGCUAUGGUUCUGUAGUAGUACUACUACUUAAAGCAAAGCUGAACCAUAAUUUGCAACACAAGAAUUGGAUUUGCGCAAAUUUUUAUUUUCCUCCAAGAUCAGCACAUUAGGAGAAGCCCCAGAAAAUGAUGUGUAAAAAUAUCCUUCAAUUCCCCUCAACCUUCUCCUAUGCCAGGGUCUGUAUACUACUUCAGUCUAAAGUUGAGCUGUCAUAACUAUGGUUACACUGUCGAAGUAGGACAUUUUUCUCAAUUUGGCUUAUCGCGAGAACUUCUUCAGAGAACAGCUUGAGUGGAGAAGCCCCAGAAAAUGAUGUAUAAAAACACCCCCCUUUAGUAGUACUACUACUGAAGCAAAGUUGGAUUGUGGGGUGGGUGUUUUGGUGCAAAAUUUGAGCUGUCAAAACUAUGAUAACACAGUCAAAGAAGUAGAACAUUUUUCUCAAUUGGGUAAAGGAUGGACAGAAGAACUCUCUCUCACUGGUCUGGA